UGGCUGGCCAGACUAUAUCCGGUCCGCUGCGCCUUCCUUCCGGUCCGCCCGGGCCGGGUCGAGGCGGUAGUGUCGCGAUGGCUCGGCGCGGCGCGGACUCCUCGUCCACUAAUUGCGGCACGUUGACGGCCCAGCCGGCGGCGCCAUUGUCCCUCCCCGCGCACGCGCGCGCACGCAUUUCCUCUGCGAUAGUAAAAGGGGUGGUGCGUGGUGUGGCGUCGGAAAUGACAGAGAGGGUCACGCUUGUUGCGCCGGCCGGUGCACGCGCGCUUCCUCUGUAUGGCACGUUUACCGAAAAAUUAAGGGCGAAAACAGCGAGUCCCGCAUCGUCACCGUUGCUGGUUGCCCGGGGUGCCAGAACGUCGGCAGGUCGGAAGAAGAACAAACGUCACUUCUGAAAGGGGCCUCCUCGUCGUCCUUCGUCGCCGCUUUGGACCGGGUGAUUGCAUGGCGACCACAAACGCGACGUUCUCGUCGUCGUCUGCUUCGUCGUCGUCGGCGUCGUCUUCGGCGUCGUCCGGCUACCAAUGUUCCAGUGGCCUGCUGCUGCCCUUCCUGGACGAGUCCGGAUGGCGAGUCGAGGUGCGCGGCGCGCUUUACCUCCUCGCCUUGCUCUACCUGUUCCUGGGUGUGGCCAUCGUCACCGACAUCUUUAUGGCGGCCAUAGAGAGCAUCACCAGCAAGACGCGCAAGGUGUUCAUGGCCAAGGAGCGGGCCAAGACGAACGGCAGCUACAGCUCGGUGGGCGGCGUGGUGGCGGGGCUGCGCGAGGACGAGCCCGAGGUGAUUGAGGUGCGCGUCUGGAACGACACGGUGGCCAACCUCACCCUCAUGGCGCUCGGCACCUCGGCGCCCGAGAUCCUGCUCGCCAUCGUGGAGAUCGUCGGCAACGGUUUCAACGCGGGGGAGCUGGGGCCCGGCACCAUCGUGGGCUCGGCGGCCUUCAACCUGCUCGUCAUCACCGCCAUUUGCAUGUGCGGCGUGGCCGGCGAGACGAAGCGCGUGGCGCGCAUCAAGGUGUUCGUGGUGACAUCCCUGUUCGGCUUCCUGGCCUACAUCUGGCUGCUGGUGGUGCUCAAGGUGGUGUCGCCCGGCGAGGUGGAGCUGUGGGAGGCCAUCGUCACGUUCCUGCUGUUCCCCGCCCUCACCGCGGUGGCCUACAGCGCGGAUCGCGGUUGGUGCGGCUUCGCCCGGCAGCGCGGGAACAAGCGCCAGCUCGAGCUCGGCCCCAUGCAGCCACAGGACGGGGAGACGGAGAAGAUGGUGCAGGAGAGGAACCUGCUGAGCGACGGCAAGUUGGACAAGGACAGCCUCGUGGCCUUCAUCAGGGAGGUGCGCAAGUUCCCGGGGCUGACCAACGAGGACGCGGCCCUGCUCGCCGCUGCCAAGGUCAACGAUGCUCAACCCCACUCUAAGAUGUGGUACCGCAUCGGGGCCGUUCGCAACCUCUCCGGUUCGCGGCGCCUGCAGCCCCAACUCUCUGGCCGCCUCCGCGAGGUCUACUCGGCCAUCAACGAGCACCCCAAGGCACCCAACAUCGGGGAAGUCCGCGUGCCCGACUCCACAAACGCCAUCGUUGAGUUCCACACCGCGACGGUGGCGGUGCGGGAGAGUAUCGGCAAGUUCCACGUCAACGUCUGGCGACACGGCAACCUAGAGGGAACUGUGAAAGUAAAGGUUGAAUCGAUUGACGGAUCAGCAGAGGUCGGUAAAGACUACGUUGCAGUUAAUGAAACCCUGAUUUUUGAGCCUAAUGAACUCGACAAGCAGGUCACAGUUGAAAUUUUGGAUGAUAAUCAGUGGGAGCCCACUGAGGAAUUUUUCCUGAAGCUCACCAUUUUGGACAGUGUGAAUGGCAAUGUAGAACUUGGUAAAAUAUCAAUAAUGGAAGUCACUAUUCUUGAUGAUGACGAUCCAGGCAUAAUAUCAUUCGAAAAACGAGGAAUGCUAGUGAAGGAGAGUUCAGGUUUUGUGAGGGUAACUGUUGUUAGACGUAGAGGAGCAUCUGGUGAGAUUGGUGUGAAAUGGAGGACUAUUGAUCGUUCUGCAAUCAGUGGUAGAGAUUUCAAGGGUGGCUCUGGAGAACUUGUGUUCAAACAUUAUGAGGUUCAACAAGACAUAGAGAUACCAAUUAUUGAUGAUAUGGAACCAGAAAAAGAUGAGCAUUUUGAAGUUGAGUUGUUUGAGCCUUCUGGAGGAGCAAAGAUCGGUAACAUCAACCGCAUUGCCAUCACAAUAACAAAUGAUGAUGCUUUCAACACCGUUGUGGACCACCUUAUGGUAUUGACAAAAACUAACAUUGAUGCCAUAAGAGUACACCGCAGCACUUGGUCUCAACAGAUCAAAGAUGCUCUCACGGUGAAUGGAGGAGAUGUGGAAAAUGCAACAAAUACUGACUUUUUGCUUCAUUUCGUGUCCUUUGGCUGGAAGGCAUUGUUUUCACUUAUACCACCACCCACUAUGUUUGGUGGCUGGCUUUGUUUCAUUUUGGCCCUAUUUGGAAUAGGAGUCAUGACUGCUAUCAUUGGAGAUGUGGCCUCUAUCUUUGGCUGUUUAGUUGGACUACCUGAUCAUGUUACAGCGAUUACCUUGGUUGCCAUUGGAACUUCUUUACCAGACACAUUUGCAAGCCUCUCAGCUGCUCGACAGGAACGAUCUGCUGACAGUGCUAUAGGGAACAUAAAUGGAAGUAAUUCCGUGAAUGUUUUCCUGGGUCUUGGACUACCUUGGCUACUUGCUACCAUCUACCACCAAUCCCAGGGAACCAAGUUCAUUGUACCAGCUGGAUCAUUGGGUUUCAGUGUGAUGAUUUUUGCCAUAGUUGCUGUUCUUGCAAUUGGGAUUUUGGUAAUCCGCCGUUAUGUAAAAUUCUUUGGUCAAGCUGAAUUAGGUGGACCCCCAAUCCCGCGUAUUGGUUCAUCAAUACUGCUUCUUCUCUUAUGGGUUUUAUACAUCACUCUUUCUAUCUUGCAAAUAUUUAACAUCAUAAGAGUCAAUUUUUAAAAGCCUUGAAGAAAACUCUUCAUUGUUUCACCCCACAGAGUAAUCCUGCCGGAUAAUAACCUUUUAAGCAAAAUAAGUCAAAAUUAGGAAAAUGUGUGGAUGUUGUACACUGCACAGUCCAUUUGUAUAAAACUUUGAACUUUUUAGAUUUCUGAAGAAUGACUACUUUAAACAACUAGUAAUAUUAAUUGAGAAUGUGAUUCACAGCAAAAUGGCUUUUUGCAUUGGGCUACAAUAUAUACAGUGCUUUUGUAAGUAUUUUUUUUUUUUUUUUUUGUACAAUGAUCUCGUUACAAAAUAAUAAAUAAGUAGUAGUGUAUCAGUACUCACUAGCCGCUACAUAGAAAUAGAGCAGAGUACCUAAGCGGUAAUAAUUUUAAAUACAGAUGGUUUCACCACAAAACUGAAAAGUUUGUCUGAAAUAACAAAGCUUGAACAAAAUUUUGUGUUGUGCACACCUCAUAUUUUGAAUUUUUUGACACUGCGACAGUUAUGAGUGAGCGUUAGAUAGCUUGAAUGUACUGGAAACUUAUCUUUUUAUACAUGUUAAA